AUGCAAUUCUCCAAGAUCUCCGGCGCAACUGCCGCUCUCCUCAUCUCCAUGAUCUCCGCUUCCCCCAUCGCUCUUACCUCCGAUGUCGCUCAGCAGAGUGAAUCCCACGUUAACCCUACCGGCUCCGUUGAACACUCCUUCAAGAUCCGCCCUACCGGUUCCUUCACUGCUAAGGACCCCUUUCCCACCGGUACAGAAGAGGAGGAAUCUAAAUUCACCAUUCACCCAUCUGGUGGUAAGACCGAAGUCCACCACUUCCGACCAUCUGGUUUCGAGUCUCAUGAUGGUUCCAAGCCAACUGGCCUUGCAUCCAAGGCCCAUGAAAGCAGCCAAGCUAAGCCGACUGGCCAUUUCUCUAAAAGGGCUCUUGAAACCGAUAUUGUUGAGGGUACUACUGUGAGCAAAUCCCGUAAGGCAAAGCCCACAGGAAGUGCAGUUCACGAACAUGAAAGCAGCCAUGCAAAGCCGACUGGUAGUGGAAAGAAAGAACAUGUCCACCCCUCUGCAACCUCUGUCUUCAAGAACGAGAAACCACAUGAAAGUGGACAUGUAAAAGUAUCUGGAAAGGGUAGAAAGGAACAUAAGAGUGGAGAAGCAAAACCCACUGGAGCUAAGGAGCAUAAGCCUCAUGAAAGCGGACAUGCUAAGGCAUCUGGAAAGAACGACAAGGAACAUGAGUACACUCAUGUUAAGCCUACUGGUACAAAAGAGGCUUCUACUCAUGAGUCCGGUAAACCCAAUCCUUCUGGUGCCAAAGAACACACCCGGGUUCACGAAUCGAGCUAUGCUAGACCUACUGGGCAUAAAGAGCCAGCUCGUGCUGUUGAGAGCGGACUCGUCAAACCAACUGGUACUCACGAGAGUGGACAAACCAAGCCAACUGGCAAAGGCGGCAAAGACCACGGGAGUGGACUAGCAAAACCGACUGGCAAGGGAAACAAGGAGCAUAAAUCUGGCCACCCCAAACCAACCGGUAAGGGAGGCAAAGAGCAUCAAUCUAAACACGUCAAACCUACCGGCACCAAAAAACACUUUCAAGCUCACGAAUCCAGUCAUGCCAAAACUUCCAAUCGGAAGGAAUCAGCUCGGGCUUUCGAGAGUGGCCAUGCUAGACCCACUGGUGUUCAUGUGCAAAAACCUGAAAUCACGGGUAAGAUUGAGAUUGAUAGUAAGACUUUUGAGUUCAAAACCGAGACGAUGACCUUUGGAAGUAAGACGUUUGUCGUUACUGGGGUUCUGCCUGAGGAGACUGGGCAGUUUAAUCUCCUUUAG